AUGCUCAUGGAAAUUAGAGAUACGCACAUGGCAUCGCGUGAGUUUGGGCUGCUUAAAAAUGCCCUUUUUUAUGGCGUACGAAGUGUUGAACCCCAAAACCGGGUAAAUACUGUGGAGAGUAUAAAGGCAACGUUUAUCGAUUGGGCCAAGAACUUGCAGGAUGGCGAGAACCGGAAAACAUUAGAAUUACAUCUUUUGAUCAUCUUGCGUAUGUCCAUCAAUUGUCCUUACGCGAACGUUCGGCACAAUUUCAAAGAACUUUUGAGAGAUUUGGAGAGUCAGAAUGUAUCCAUACCAUCGCCAAUUUAUCCAUACCCUUCAUUCUACAUACCACCCGAGGAAACUUUCGAAUGGCCUGACGACAGUGAAUCAUCCGAACCGAUUGGCAUUGUACCUGAUGUGGAUGUUCAAAAUUUAAUGAUUGAGAAUUUUAUCGACAUCGGUAGACUCAGCAACCAUUUUCGCGUGUUGUUUUAUUUUCCGGCAUUUGCAAAGUCAUAUAUGAAUUCGUACAAGGGACUGGUGAGAUUCCAUGAGGGUGCCCUCUCAAUACCCGAAACUUAUUACUUCGGGAUUAUGGCUGCCUCUCAGCACAAAUGUCAAUAUCUGGUUUCGCACCUAACAAACGAAUACUUAAUCGCCGGCGGUAAUCCGAGUUGGCUUGACGGUUUGAAUUUCGCGCCGCCCAAAAUCAAAAAAAUUGCAAAAAUCAAUAGUAUUUUGGCCCAUCAACCAUGGUGUUUGGAAGCGGAACACAUUCAUGAGCUUUGCAGGGGUGAUGAAUCGUGGCAGAUUCAACAGGUUAUACACAUUAUCAUUAUAAUCUGCAUCUUUCAUAGUUCAAGUAGUUACCUGCUAGGCUGCGGUAUUGUUCCAGAGUAUGAUUCCGUGGGUGGAUACAGAAGGCCUUCGGUGUGGACCCUCCCCUCUCUCGAUCCUGAGAAUGCGACGAAUGCCAACGGUUCUGACUCUCCGGGUGAUCCUGGAGACGACAUCCUGGUGGAUGAAGAAAACAAAAAUGAAUUAGAAACCGAAGAAAUUCCAGACGAAGAAAUCCCGGGUGAUCCUGGAGACAACGAAAAUCACGACAUCCCGGUGGAUGAAGAAAACAACAAUAAAUUAGAAACUGAAGAAAUUCCAGGCGAAGAAAUCCCAUUUGACGUGCUCAUCAAUGAUUUUUCGCAUUAUCUGGAUCCCGCGGUAGAGGUUUCAUCUUCCAAGUUCGUGUUGAAAAAGAACGAACAUAGACAUGGCUAUAAAUAUCACAGGUCCCAAGACUUUAGUUGGUGGGAACACGGAGUCUCUUUGAUCAAUUUUCAUUUCAAUGAUAAUUUGAAUCUUGGUAAUAUUUUGAAUGAAGAGUUUAGGGAAAUUCGGAAAAUGACCGAAGACGAAUACGAACACGGAUUGGUUAAUGAGGCCAUUCGGUAUUACGUUCUUCGAUUAUAUGGAAUACAAAAAGACGAUUUUAUUUAUCACAAAAUAAGUGAACACCUCGAUAAUGAAACCCGAGUUUUUAUAAAAAAGGUAUGCUGCAAACCUGAAGACAUCACACUCGGGGAUUGGAAUAGUAUGAGAUCUCAAAGGAACGCCAAAGAAGUGUGCUCCAUUAUUCUUAUUUCUUCCGAAACACGUAAGCUAGCCGCGUUAGUGUACGGAUUACGGAGCGUAAAUAAUUGGAUACGCAUGAAUUAG